GUCCCCAACGCACACGCGCGCAUUACUCCUUUCGCAUUACUCCCGUCGCCCGCCCGCGCGCCAAUUAUCCCGGCCCAUGCAGGACUAGCGUUUACCUCGAGUCCUGGCUGCCGAGCACGCGCCCAAAGCCAGAGAGCCACCGAAGCGUUCAUCGUGCGUGCGUGCGUGCGUGCCAUCUAUCCAUGGCGCCUCUGCCGUGAGCAGGAGGAGGCAGCAGGGACGACGACACCGCAUCAAAAGCGUUCGCGCGGGCAACAAGCCUGCCUUUUUAUAGCGCGAGCCCUUUGUUUAGCCUCCGAUUCUCAAGUUUUAAUACACUAGCGUCGUGCUCCCUGCUCCGGCCUCUCCCGCUGUGUAAUUUUAUCCCUCCUCCGGCCUGCUACGCCGCACCGGGGGCGGCCUUAAUUGGUGUCCAUGGGCGCCGCGGCGCCAUGACGACGACAGCUGCCAUGAACGUGGCCGUCACGCAGCUAUGUGGCCGGGGUCGCCGGCGCAGGCCGGCCGCGCUGCGCCUCGAUCUCCGGUGGGCGCGCCUGCUCCGCCUCGCCGUCGCCACCAGGGUCGUGCGCCUCGUCUGGGACCAGCUGCUCGCCUGCUCCUCCUGCGGCGGCGGGGGCCGGUACCGCCGCCUCGGCCCGCCGCACGGACCGGACGUGCUGUCCCCCGUCGCCAUGGAUGACGACGCCGGCGCUGCCGUCGACGCCCACGCCGACGCGGCGGAUGUCGAGGACGUGGUCGGCCUCAAGGUCAGCCUGCUCGGCGAUUGCCAGAUCGGCAAGACCAGCUUCAUGGUCAAGUAUGUUGGGGAUGGGGAGGAGCAGAACGGGGGCUUGCAGAUGACGGGCCUGAAUCUGAUGGACAAGACGCUGGCAGUUCGGGGCGCCAGGCUCGCCUUCAACAUCUGGGAUGUGGCAGGAGACAGCCAGUCCGCCGACCACGUCCCGAUCGCGUGCAAGGACGCCGUGGCGAUCUUGUUCAUGUUCGAUCUCACCAGCCGGUGCACGCUCAAUAAUAUUACCGAUUGGUACGAGAGGGCCAGGAAAUGGAAUAAGACGGCUAUUCCAAUCCUAAUAGGAACGAAGUUUGACGACUUCGCUCAGCUUCCUCUUGAGAUGCAAUGGACCAUUGUCGAUCAGGCCAGAGCAUACGCAAGAGCGAUGAAGGCGACCCUCUUCUUCUCGAGCGCGACGCACAACAUCAACGUGAACAAGAUCUUCAAGUUCAUCACGGCCAAGCUCUUCAACCUCCCCUGGACGGUGGAGCGGAACCUCACCGUCGGCGAGCCCAUCAUAGACUUCUGAACGCCAACUAACCACCCCGUCCUCCCAUGUACGUCCUAUGACUACGAGGCUACGACUAACCAACGUCUCGCCGCGGCUCGCGCUCGGUGUCUGGUCGAUGGAGGCAAGAUGCGCAGCGUUGUACAUAGGUGUAUGUUGAGUUGGUUAUGGUUUCUCUACAUGUGCAUCCCUUCCUGGAGAGGAAACCGCGAGAUGUUGGUCGCUCCAUGCAUCUCGCAUGUGGUAUGUAUAGGGAAAUCCAUGCAUGUAUGUAAUAUAACACGCCCCGUUUACCCGCUUGGCAGGGUCACUCUGCGCGCGAUCGUGUGGCGUAGUGCUAGUGGUUAGCUCGCACGGCCGGCCUGUGCUGUGCAUGAAUGAUGUUUGCAGAUUCAACAUCUUUUUGACUUCAGUCUUUACACUACCGGUGAACCCGCACGUUGUGCUCAUAGUUUAUUUCUCCCAAUUGAGGCGUUUUGGAGAGUUAAUUGCAUGAAGAUACCAUUCUUGUUCA